AUGGCAUUCCUUCUCAGAGUUGCCACGGCCUGGUGGCUCUUGGCUAUUCCGUCAAAGGCGGGCAGAAGUGAAGGGAUGAUGCUUCUGCAAAGUCGGGCUCCCCUCUCACGUGUGAACGCCUCGGCUUACGGGACAGAGAACUGUUGCGCUGAUGCUGGUUACCCCAGCGCCUGCAAUGCCUUGCACGACGUUCCCUUUGAAUAUGAGAAUGUCGGCGGGAUUACGCGCAUGAAGUGCCCGAAUCGUGGAAGCGAUUGUGCCUUCGACCAUUGUGUGGGUGGCACUGGGGUGGACUGCUCCGGUGUGCCUUACGAUCUUGACUUUGGGGUCAUGGGAACCAUAUCAAUCAAUCUAGUGGCACCGCAAGACAACGGUGAUGGGACUGUCACCCUGAAGACUAGUGUGGGUUCGAUCCUGCACGACCUCUGCUGCAUGGAGCACCAAUCUGGCGCCUUCUGCCACAGCAGCAACUAUCCCAUCGGGGCGACCAUCAACGCCUUGGGCAAUGCGAACAACGACUGCGCCUGUCUCAUGGAAUGGCGAAAGGCGGCUUGGAACCUGUUACGAGGUCGUUACUGGUUGGCCACUUUUACCAAGGCGGCCCAAAGUCAGAACCUGGCGCUGGUCCCAUCUUUGCAGCGCAAGUCUUACCUACCCAAGGGAUCCGGCACCAAUUACGAGACCUACAAAAGCACCUGGGGCCUGACUGAAAGGUAUGCCACCUCAGUCCUUUGCGCCCCAGAGGGCACAAAGCUGGAUUGUCCUUCGGAGGACAACAACUGCAAGGUGCCUUGUGUUGGGACGUAUUGCAAGGCUUGUGCCACUGGAUGCGCGUCUCGCCAUCGAAAGCGGUGGAACAAGGAUGGCCGCGAUCAUGCUCAUGCCGGCGAUUCGGACUACUGCUGCAGCAAAGUAUUCAAGGAGAUGUACUGGUCGCUCGCCAACACCCGCUAUGGCACCUGCGGUUGA